GCAGAGGCUCUUUAAAGGCAGAGCAGUGAGGUGCUAGGCUAGGUUGGGAGGAGACUGUGCCCUGGCGAUGGCCCUACUUUCUUGCCUAGGUCCGCCCAGGUGGACAUCAGGUGCCCAGGCAGAGAGAAGCGUUUAGUGAGUGAGCCCGACUCAGAUGCAAGACCAGAGCUGGGUAAACAGACACAACAGGAACCGCCUGGAACCAGUGAGGAAUCAUGCUUACCUUUGCCUGGAGGAUAGCAGAAUGGUAAAUCUGACGCCAAGAGGUGGAGGCAUUUUCUUCCAGCAAUGAACUCCUCAUUCCACCUGCCUUUCUUGAAUCUCACCCUGAAUGCCUCAGAGGACACUUUUGGACCAAAUGCCACGAACAAGUCCUCGGCCUGUGAAGACAUGGGCAUCGCUGUGGAGGUGUUCCUGACGCUGGGCAUCAUCAGCCUCCUAGAGAACAUCCUCAUCAUUGGGGCCAUAGCGAAGAACAAGAACCUGCACUCGCCGAUGUACUACUUUGUGGGCAGCUUAGCAGUCGCUGACAUGCUGGUGAGCAUGUCCAAUGCCUGGGAGACCAUCACCAUAUACUUGAUAAACAAUAAACAUCUGGUGAUAGCGGAGACCUUUGUGCGUCUCAUCGACAACGUCUUUGACUCUAUGAUCUGCAUUUCCGUCGUGGCCUCCAUGUGCAGUCUGUUGGCCAUCGCGGUGGACAGGUACGUCACCAUCUUCUACGCCUUGCGCUACCACCACAUCAUGACGGCAAGGCGCUCGGGGGUGAUCAUCGCGUGCAUAUGGACCUUCUGCAUAAGCUGCGGCAUAGUUUUCAUCAUUUACUAUGAGUCCAAGUACGUCAUCAUUUGCCUCAUCUCCAUGUUCUUCACCAUGCUGUUCUUCAUGGUGUCUCUCUAUAUACACAUGUUCCUCCUGGCCCGGAACCAUGUCAAGAGGAUAGCGGCUUCCCCGAGGUACAGUUCUGUGAGGCAAAGGACCAGCAUGAAGGGCGCCAUUACCCUCACCAUACUCCUGGGGAUUUUCAUUGUGUGCUGGUCUCCCUUCUUCCUGCACCUUAUCCUAAUGCUUUCGUGCCCCCAGAACAUCUAUUGCUCUUGCUUUAUGUCUUACUUCAACAUGUACCUUAUACUCAUCAUGUGCAACUCGAUGAUCGACCCGCUGAUCUAUGCCCUCCGCAGCCAAGAGAUGCGGAGGACCUUAAAGGAGAUCAUCUGUUGCCAUGGCUUCAGACCAGUGUGUAGGCUCCUUGGCAGGUAUUAAACACUGACUCUCCUCUCUGCGCCUCUCAUCUCUC